AUCAUUUACACAAGAUUAAGAAAUUCCUCUAUAACUUGUCCAAAAAAAUAUUCCUUUAUAAGAAAAAAAGUUUAAACAAUGACCAAUUAUAAAUGGAAGCAUUUUCUAAGAAUCCGUUAAAACCUCUUUAUCCCUCUGUUUUUCCUCUGUUUUCAUUCUACCCAAAACAAGGAUCCAUUCUUCUUCUUUUUCUUCUUCUUCUUCUUCUUCUUUUCCUCAUCUCUUUCAAUUUCUGCAAAAAUUACAAACACCAUAACCAUUCUACCAUUUGUUGUUAUUGUUCUGCCAUUUGGGCCACAUGCUGUGGAAAACAAAAGAAAAAAAAGUUUAAACUUUAUCAUCGGAAUCUCCAUUUCACACCAUAAAAAUAACAAUACACGUGUUUAACCGAAACAAUAUCACUUUUUCCUUGAUGGUUCUUAUCUCAUGCAAAAGCUUGUAGAUUCUUUCUAAUGAAAGCUUCUUUAUUCUGCGUGUUCGAGAUUUAAAGUAGAAAAAACGUGACUUGGAAUCUAUGUCGUGUGUGCCAGCAAGAACGGGGAGACAAAGACAGCGUUAUGAAGACAACCUUCGACUUGUUUCUGGAUGUAUUCCGUAUAGAUGGAGAAAGGAGAAUGGAGAUGAGAUGGAAGAAACUGAGGAAAUGAUAGAAGUACUUAUGGUUUCUUCGCCAAAACGCGACGACCUUGUAUUUCCAAAGGGUGGUUGGGAGGAUGAUGAGACUAUCAUAGAAGCUGCUUGUCGUGAAGCUUUAGAAGAAGCAGGAGUUAAAGGAAUUUUAAGAGAAACUCCAUUAGGAAUGUGGGAAUUCAGAAGCAAAAGCAGUCAGGACUUGUGUAGCAUGGAAGGAGGCUGCAGAGGAUACAUGUUUGCCUUGGAGGUGACCGAAGAACUAGACGCAUGGCCUGAGCAGAAAAACCGUGCUCGCCAAUGGUUGAACAUAAAAGAGGCAUUUAGACUCUGCCGAUACGAUUGGAUGUGUAACGCACUCGAGGAGUUUACAAAAGUUAUGGCAGAGGAUACGAUGCUAAGGAAGCAAGACAAGAAUGUCGUCGACCUCCCUUCAGUCAUCUCAACAGAUGCCUCGGAAUGUCAAAGUGUGUCGCCCAACUGCUACAAAAGAUCAUCGAAUAUGCAGCACCACGGUGUGCCUUCUAAGGCGAAUCUACUGCAACGCGCUUCUCAAGAGAUAGCCAUCCAUUUUGGCUAUUGAAAUUGCUGUACACUUUUGAUGUUUUGUGCAUUAACUUCUUCAAACUGAUGAGACCAAAAUGUGAAGUAAUGGUUUGGACUUUGGAUGCUCGUGUCAGCAAUUUCGUAGUUGUAGGUUCGUUUUACUUGUUUCCUUUGUGAUCAUAAUGUAGAAUAUGGCGGUGAAAGUCUCAAGUGUAAAUGGACUUAAAUAGCUUGCUUCACCCCACAAUUCAUGAAAAACUUGUAAAAUAGCGGGCACCAUUUCUAGAAAUCUGGUUGUCCAGGCGAAUAACACCAUUGGUUGUGUUUUCUGUGAAAUUCAUCUCUCUUAUGCAUCAAACUGAUUGAACAUUAAGGUAUGCCUUUCAAGCUUUUCUUCUUA